GCCGCAGACAGACUGCGGCACCCUCGGAGCCACAGCCGCUUGGUCUUGCAGGUGCCUCCCGCUCGCCUGCUCACCGCAGCUCGCCACACAAGCCCCGCGCCCCUGACCGCGCCCCCCGGGGCCUCGCACGCCGAGCCCAGGCCGCGGGCCGCAGUGCGGGGCCGGCGAUGAGCGCAAGGAGCCGACAUGAGCGCAGACAGCAGCCCGCUCGUGGGCAGCACGCCCCCCAGCUAUGGGACCCUGACGAUCGGGACAUCGAUCGGGACAUCGAUCGAUCCCCUCAGCUCCUCAGUUUCAUCCGUGAGGCUCAGCGGCUACUGUGGCAGUCUAUGGAGGGCCAUCGGCUAUCACGUCGCGGUCUGGAUGCUGGCAGGGAUCCCUUGGCUGCUAUUCCGUUGGAAGCCCUUGUGGGGCGUCCGCCUGCGCCUCCGGCCGUGCAGCCUGGCCCACGCCGAAACACUCGUUAUCGAAACAAGAGACAAAGAGGAUAGCUUGUGGCAGCUCUUCACUGUCCAAGUACAGACCGAGGCUGUCAACCAGGGCAGCCUGGGGCUGUACCCACAGGCCCAAGCAGAAGAUGGCCGGAGCCAGGUAGCAGUGGGGGCAGUACCAGAGGGCACGUGGAAGGACACCACCCAGCUCCACAGGCAGGAGAAGGCAAACCAGGUGCUGCGGUAUUACCUCUUCCAAGGUCAGCGCUACAUCUGGAUGGAGACCCAGCAAGCCUUCUGCCAAGUCAGCCUGCUGGACCAUGGUCGCACCUGUGAUGACAUCCACUGCUCCCGCUCCGGCCUUGGCCCCCAGGACCAAGCCAUGAGGAAGACUGUUUAUGGCCCCAACGAGAUCAGCAUACCUGUCAAGUCCUAUCUGCAGCUCCUGGUGGAUGAGGCACUGAACCCCUACUAUGGAUUCCAGGCCUUUAGCAUCGCACUGUGGCUGGCCGACCACUACUACUGGUACGCUCUCUGCAUCUUCCUCAUCUCAGCCAUCUCCAUCUGUGUGGCGCUGUACAAGACCAGAAAGCAAAGCAUAACUCUUAGGGACAUGGUCAAGCUGUCCAUGCGGGUGUGUGUGUGCCGGCCUGGUGGAGAGGAGGAGUGGGUGGACUCCAGCGAGCUGGUACCUGGAGAUUGCCUGGUGCUGCCCCAGGAGGGUGGAGUGAUGCCCUGUGAUGCUGCCCUGGUUGUUGGCGAGUGUGUGGUCAACGAGAGCUCCCUGACAGGGGAGAGUGUCCCAGUCCUGAAGACUGCCCUGCCAGAGGGGCCCAAGCCCUACUGUCCAGAGAUCCAUCGGCGACACACACUCUUCUGUGGGACCCUCGUUCUGCAGGCCCGGGCCUAUUUGGGACCCCAUGUCCUGGCAGUGGUAACUCGGACAGGGUUCUGUACAGCCAAGGGGGGCCUGGUGAGCUCCAUCUUGCACCCACGGCCCAUCGACUUCAAGUUCUACAAACACAGCAUGAAGUUUGUGGCUGCACUGUCUGUCCUGGCUCUGCUUGGCACCAUCUACAGUAUCUUCAUUCUCUACCGCAACCGGGUACCAAUCAACGAGAUUGUGAUCCGGGCUCUGGACCUGGUGACGGUGGUGGUCCCACCCGCUCUGCCUGCCGCCAUGACUGUGUGUACACUCUAUGCCCAGAGCCGACUACGUGAACAGGGCAUCUUCUGCAUACACCCUUUGCGCAUCAACCUCGGGGGCAAGCUUCGGCUCGUGUGCUUUGACAAGACGGGCACCCUCACAGAAGACGACCUGGAUGUGAUGGGGGUGGUGCCCCUGAAGGGGCAGGCAUUGCUGCCGCUGGUUCCAGAUCCCCGCCACCUGCCCCUGGGGCCCCUUCUUCGAGCACUGGCCACCUGCCAUGCCCUCAGCCAGCUACGCGACACCCCAGUGGGCGACCCCAUGGAUCUCAAGAUGGUGGAGUCUACAGGCUGGGUCCUGGAGGAGGGCCCAGCUGCAGACUCAGCACCUGGGUCCCAAGUCUUGGCAGUGAUGAAACCCCCACCCUGGGGGCCCCAACUGCAGGGAACGGAAGAGUCUGUGGAACCAGUCAGCGUCCUGUGCCGCUUUCCCUUCUCCUCUGCCCUACAGCGGAUGGACGUAGUAGUGGCAUGGCCGGGGGCCACCCAGCCCGAGGCCUACGUCAAAGGCUCACCAGAGCUGGUGGCCGGCCUCUGCAGCCCUGAGUCAGUGCCCAGUGACUUCGCCCAGGUGCUGCAGAGUUACACAGCUGCUGGCUACCGUGUUGUGGCCCUGGCUGGCAAGUCGCUGCCUAUUGUGCCCAGCCUGGAGGCCGCUCAGCAGCUGACAAGAGACACUGUGGAACAGGAGCUGAGCCUCCUGGGGCUACUGGUCAUGAGGAAUCUGCUAAAGCCACAGACGACCCCGGUUAUCCAGGUUCUGCGGGGGACUGGCAUCCGCACAGUCAUGGUAACAGGGGACAACCUACAGACAGCAGUCACUGUGGCCCGGGGCUGCGGCAUGGUGAGCCCUCAGGAGCACCUAUUCAUCGUCCAUGCCUCUUACCCUGAGCAGGGCCAGCCUGCCUCUCUCCAGUUCCUGCCAGUUGAGUCCUCUACAGCCAUGAAUGGGGCUAAGGAGCCUGUCCAGGCCACAGGCUACACCAUGGAGCCUGAGCCCCGAUCCAGCCACCUGGCCCUCAGUGGGUCCACUUUUGCUGUCCUUCAGAAGCACUUCCCCAAGCUGCUGCCCAAGGUCCUGGUGCAGGCCACCGUCUUUGCCCGCAUGGCCCCAGAACAGAAGACAGAGCUGGUGUGUGAACUGCAGAAGCUUCAGUACUGCGUGGGCAUGUGUGGGGACGGUGCCAAUGACUGUGGGGCCCUGAAAGCAGCUGAUGUGGGCAUCUCGCUGUCCCAGGCUGAGGCCUCAGUGGUCUCACCCUUCACCUCCAGCAUGGCCAGUAUUGAGUGUGUGCCCACCAUCAUCAGGGAAGGCCGGUGUUCUCUGGACACCUCAUUCAGCGUCUUCAAGUACAUGGCCCUGUACAGCCUGACCCAGUUCAUCUCAGUCCUGAUUCUCUACACGGUCAACACCAACCUGGGAGACGUCCAGUUCCUGGCCAUAGACCUGGUCAUCACCACCACUGUGGCCGUACUUAUGAGUCGCAGUGGGCCUGCACUGACCCUGGGGCGAGCACGGCCACCCGGGGCACUGCUGAGUGUUCCUGUGCUGGGCAGCCUGCUGCUGCAGGUGGCCCUGGUGGCCAGUGUCCAGCUAGGGGGCUACUUCUUGGCCAGUGCCCAGCCCUGGUUUGUGCCUCUGAACAGAACAGUGCCGGCACCUGACAACCUGCCCAACUACGAGAACACAGUGGUCUUCUCCCUGUCCAGCUUCCAGUACCUCAUCCUGGCUGCGGCUGUGUCCAAGGGGGCACCCUUCCGCCGGCCGCUCUACACCAACGUGCCCUUCCUGGUGGCCCUGGCGUUCUUGGGCUCUGUCCUGGUGGGCCUCAUCCUGGUCCCCGGCCUCCUGCAGGGGCCGCUAGGGCUGAGGAACAUCUCCGACACCUGCUUCAAGCUGCUGCUGCUGGGCCUGGUCGCCUUCAACUUUGUGGGAGCCUUCAUGCUGGAGAGUGUGCUGGACCAGUGCCUCCUGGCCUGCCUGCGGCGGCUGCGGCCUAAACGGGCCUCCAAGAAGUGCUUCAAGCGGCUGGAGCGGGAACUUGCUGAACAUCCUUGGCCCACACUGCCCAUCGGCCCUGUGAGGUAGCACAGGCCUGGAGAGUACACUGGACACUGGACUCCCCCACCCCAUGCUUCUGAGCCGUGACUGUAGAGACAGCACCCAUCACCUCCCACAGCCCUGAAGUUGUCUGUUGUCACACUCCUGUCCCCCUCCCCACCCCCACUGCCUGGCCCCAGCCUUCCCUGACCCACUGGGGAAGUACUGGUUGUUAUCCCCUUCUUUAGACCAUCCCAUGUAGAGAUGGCAGCCACCAACUCCACAAGGGGCUGUUAGUGUAGCAAAUAAAGUGGUGAUAUUUUCCUGCCUCA